AUGGAUAUUAAAUCCGCAUACUGGCAAAUACUAGUACAUGAGGAUUCAAAAAAAUACACCGCAACAGAAUUUGCAGAUUUCGGAACAUACUGUUGGAAGGGAAUGCCAUUUGGAAUACAAACUGCACCAGCAUACUUAAUAAGAGCAAUGAAUAAAAUACUAGGACAUUUACCAUUCGUAAUAGUAUAUAUGGAUGAUAUAGUAAUAAUGUUAAACUCAAAAGAAGAAGCAUGCGAAAAACUAACGAGGACGUUAGAAUGCUUAAAAAAAGCGUGCCUAAAGAUAAAGCCAUCAAAAUGCGAAUUCCUAGUACAGAAAACAAUUAUAUUAAACUGCGAAGUAUCACAUAGAAAAAUUGGGAAAAAUGUACUAAAAAUAGGAAAUGUAGAUAAAUUUGAAGUACCAAAAGAUAAACAAUCGUUACAACGAUUUCUAGGAUUUAUGAAUUACUUCAGAUCCUUUAUACUAGACUUUGCAAAAAUUGCAUCACCACUCUAUGAAAGAGUAGGAAAUAAAGAUUUUGACUGGACACCAGAAUGUCAAAAAGCAAUGGAUACACUAAAAAAAGAGAUAAAACGAGUACUGGAACUAUCAUAUCCAGAUCCACACCAACCAUUCUUCAUGGAAACAGACGCAUCCGACAAAGCUGUUGGAGCAAUAUUAUACCAAAUAGGAGACAAAUCACGAGAUCAUUGGAAGAUCAAAGAUGAAAUCAGAAGAAAAGAUUUACUAAGAGAACAAAUAUUGGCUGUGAAAGACUAUAGCAAACGACCAUCAGGAAACAUACGAAUAAUAGAAAUAGGAUCAACCAUGUUGUCAAAAACACAGAAAAAGUGGUCAACAACACAAAAAGAAAUGUAUGCGAUAGUACAUUUCCUAGAACAAUGGUGA